UUAUUGUUGAUUAUGACAUUCAUUAAUACUAAGGUUAUAUUAUGAGAGUUGGGAAUACUAAUUAUUAUUUAAUUAUUACAAAUAAUGUUAAAUAUUGUGAUAUUACAAUGGAAAUUAUUUUUUUUAUAUUAAAUUCGCCAUCUUGAUGCUUGUCAAACUGUAUUACUGGAUAAUUAUUGACAGUAACACUCCAGUAUAGUGGUUUUUAUAAAAUUUUCAAGAUUUUAGCUAAUACAAUAAUGGAGUAAAUUUUUUCACGGAUCAAAACUCAAGAGAUUUUAUUGCAGAUAUAUAUUUAAACAAAUAUACCUAACAAGUAUAAUGGCUACUGACGUUGAAGAAUCAGAUACGGAGGAUCAUGAGCGUCCUGCACCACCUAAAAGACAGUGUGUUAAUUUUUUAAAUGAGGAUGAUGAGCAAUCGGCCCAUCAACCUGUUCAAGAUUCGAGUUCUACAGAAGACAACGAACUGUUGACCCGGGAAAAGUUUCAACGUUAUCAUCAGUAUCAGAUAGAUAAGCACUGUUAUAUGGGUUCUGUUGACAACACAAUAAACCGUGUUAUGGAAACUUAUAUUCUGACACCUCUGACAGAACGUAUACAACUAAGAUUAUCAACAGGCGAAUCCGAGAUGGAAGACCAUGCUGUUAUGAUGGCGAUACGUAAUCAUGGACUUGUACAUUCCUCAGUUAAUAAUUUUUCUUCACAUUCAAAUACUAAUAGCAGUAAUGCGUAUUGGUACAGCGAUGAUGAAUAUAAUUCAUCGUUAAGUCCUAUAAAUUGUAUGAGUAAUAUCACAACAACAGUCGCAGGAGCAGCUGCUGUCGUUGAACAAUUGUCAUCAGAAUCGAGUGAUUCUAAUUCAGCAUCAGCAACAUCCUCAACUAAAAUAAUUCAACCGCGGACAUUCCAAUCAUUUGAUGAUAAAAUAACAAAACAUAAUAAUAUUCGUAGUAAUAAUAAUGUUAAUUGGAGUGCAGAUAAAAAUGACGAUGGUGAUCAGCAGAGCCAAGAUAUUUUAGAGCGAGCUGUGUCUGAAGCCAUUAAAAUUAAAGGACUGAGUGUACUCAGUGUUGAUUAUGUCUGAGAUAUUUUUUUUUAUUAUCAAGAUAACUAGAUUUUAUUGUUGUUUUAUUAUCCCAGUUAUUAUGUUUAAAUCAGUCAUUUUAUUCAUAUAAAUAUAAAGAUAUAUAUUAUUUUUUU